CUGAACUACAUUUCCCAGAGGGCUCCGCUCCCGGCAGCGGGCGCUGUCCUUCCGCGGCCCGGCAGCACCAUGACAGCUGAUCAUGUUCUCUGCCGGGAGGUGCUCUGGAGUUUUCAGAGCCGUCAGACUGCAUCAGUUCAGAUCCCGUUCUGUAUCCAGAGCCUCUCCAAACCUGACUUUCGUGCCAGCCUGUCUUCCCCCAGAUCCCGUGGAAGUGGAGGAGCUGCAGCACUUUGUUUCUAACUCCAAGAGGCUGUUUGUAAUGACUGGAGCUGGCAUCUCCACGGAGUCAGGCAUCCCCGAUUACCGCUCCGAGGGCGUCGGGCUCUACGCCAGGACAGACAGACGGCCCGUGCAGCACGCCGAGUUCAUCCGCAACGCCAGUGCCCGGCAGCGCUACUGGGCCAGGAACUUCGUGGGCUGGCCCCAGUUCUCCUCCCACCAGCCCAACAAGGCACACCUGGUACUGAGAGACUGGGAGAAGCUGGGCAAGCUGCACUGGCUGGUGACCCAGAACGUGGACGCCCUUCACACCAAAGCCGGCAGCCAGCGCAUGACGGAGCUGCACGGCUGCACACACAGGGUUUUCUGCCUGGCCUGUGGAGACCAAAUCCUGCGCUCUGAGCUCCAGGAGCACUUUGAAGCUCUGAACCCUACUUGGAAAGCUGAAGCGUUUGGUGUGGCUCCGGAUGGGGAUGUCUUCCUGACUGACGAGCAGGUGCGCAGUUUCCAAGUCCCAGCCUGCCAUAAAUGUGGUGGAAUCCUAAAGCCUGAUGUGACCUUCUUUGGAGACACAGUGAGCCAGGAAAAAGUCAGUUUUGUACACCAGCGCCUGGCAGAAUCAGACUCCAUGCUGGUGGCAGGAUCCUCUAUGCAGGUGUACUCUGGUUACAGGUUUGCUCUCGCUGCCCGGGAGAAGAAGCUGCCAAUUGCAGUCCUUAACAUUGGGCCCACCAGGUUAGAUCACUUUGCAUCCUUAAAGCUGAAUUCCCGCUGUGGAGAGCUGCUGCCUUUGAUUGUUUGCACAUGACCCAGCCAGCUGAGCUUCAGUAGCUAUCAGGAUUAAAGUUAUUUUUACAAGGAUUCAUUGGAAAGGGGAAGACUCCAACCCCAGAGGCAGCAGUGAGAUCAGUGCGUGGCUGCUGAGGGCACCAGGAGAGGGCAGCAAGCCUUGCACAUGUCAGCCUCACCACUUCUCUCCAUUGAAACCAUUUCCUAUCAGGAAACAGAGUGAUGAUGAAAAAAAAGUACUUUUCUGCCUUACCUUGCAAACAGUGCCUUUUCAUUGACUGGGACAGGAGAAUUGGACUACCACGUCUGAGGACAAAAUACCUUUCUUAUAAUUGUCCCCAGAGGAGAAGGGGGGGGAUUGUGACCAGGUAAUUUGAGGCUAUAGCACAGGAGGGUGCUGUGGGAAACCAGGACACUGCUGGGGGAUCCAGUGUCACUGGUGGGAUACUGUAGAGUCUGCAAAAAGGAAAAGAAGGCAAGAGGAACUGCAGUGUUCACUUAAAAGAAAAAAAGGUUCAAAAUAGAAGCUGAACAAGAACAGUGCUCUUGUAACAGAUUAUUUGGAGGCACAGGCUAUAAGGCUGAUGUCUUCCAGCAACGAGGGGAAGUCAGCAUUUCUCUCAACUGUCAGUUGACAAGCUCAACUGCUUCCUAUCCAACCCCUUUAAAAAUUAAAUAUUGUUGAGAUGCCAGAGGAGUUACUUUAAGCUAAUCUGACCAGCACUACUUUCAGUGAGGCCACUACAUUUUCUAGAAUGCAUUUUUUGAAGAUGUUAGUUAAUUAAGAAUAGCUAAGGAAUCAAUUAAAAUUGUUUGGAAGAUUGAGA